AUGAAUCCUCCAACGGACUACAAAAAAGAGGCUAAAGCUGAAAUAAUUGAUGAGGAAGCUUCUUCACAAGACAAGAAAGUAUCUUCUGUUACCGAUGAAGAAACAAUGGCAGCUCAAAAAGCAUUGGAAUACUUGGAAAAGUUGAAAAGGCAAAAUCUUGCUUGGGAUCCAAAUCUUCCCGAUGAGUUGGAAAUUGAUACAGACGAGGUAAAAGAUCGUAUUCACAUUGCAGAAGAAUUACUUGAUAACAGCCCGUAUCCUGAAGUCAGAGCGGCUGUGCUGAACUACGACAGUGGCGGUCAUGUCAACACAAUUCGUGCAUGGGUUCUAGGCUUACUAUUUGCUAUCAUUGGCUCAGGCUGCAAUGCACUACUUAGUAUGCGAAACCCAUACAUCGUGAUCAGCUCAUAUGUCGCUCAAGUUGUCGUCUUCCCUAUCGGCUGUGCAUGGGCAAGAUGGCUUCCUGAGGGUCGAUUUUCCGUUUUAGGACAUGAUUUCUACCUCAACCCUGGCCCAUAUUCGAAAAAGGAGCAUGCAAUCACAGUGAUCAUGGCAAAUGCAACAUUUUCAGGUGGUGCAGCUUACGCGGUUGAUAUCAUUAUUGCUCAACGUGCUUUCUACAAACAAGACUUUGGUCCUGCAUUCGAGAUAAUGAUGACGAUGAGUAAUAUGAUGCUUGGAUUUGGAUUUGCAGGAAUGUUCCAUAGCUUUUUGGUUCAACCGGCUGCAAUGAUUUGGCCUGGAAAUUUAAUCAAUACGGCAUUAUUCACAGCGCUACACGACCAUCCCGCACCUGAUCCAAGUAAAACUUUUGGCUGGAGUAUUAACAAGUAUCGAUUCUUUACAUACGUUAUGAUCGGAUCUUUUGUUUGGUUUUGGUUUCCUGGAUACAUUGCACCCUUUCUAAGUAUCUUUGCUUGGGUAACUUGGAUAAAGCCACAAAAUGUUCUUAUAAACCAAUUGUUUGGUGGUGCAACUGGAAUUUCCAUCAUGCCAAUGUGUUUAACGUUCGAUUGGGGUCAAAUUUCAGGAUUCAAUUUCAGUCCACUUAUUGCACCUUGGCAUGCAAUCGGUAAUACGUUGAUUGGAUUGAUAUUAUUCGUUUGGAUCUUAACUCCGGCUUUGCACUAUACGAAUUAUGGAUACGCCAAUUAUUUGCCUAUCUCCGACUCAGGUGCAUACGAUAAUACUGCAAAUACGUAUAAUGUAUCAAUGAUCCUUGAUCCGAUCACGCAUACAUUUGUCGAAGAAAAAUACAAAGAAUACUCGCCAAUUUUCCUUUCAACCACAUUUGCAUUGACCUAUGGUCUUUCAUUUGCAUCUAUCACUGCGGUCAUCAUUCAUACUGCUCUCUUUCACGGUAAAGAUAUAUGGAUAAGGAUCAAGAAGUUAGGAGAAAUUGAUCAGGACGAUAUCCAUGCUCGCUUAAUGGCAAAAUAUAAGUCUGUUCCAUUUUGGUGGUAUUUGAUCGUGCUAGCAGUUACCUUUGGGAUGGGAAUGGGUAUCUCUGUCGGUUGGGCCACCCAUUUAUCCUGGUACAGCUUUAUCUUUUGCCUCGCAAUAGGCUGGAUCUUCUUUGUCCCAGUAGGCAUUAUUGCAGCGACGACAAACAUAUGGAUUGGACUUAAUGUGUUUACUGAAUUCAUCAUUGGAUACAUGCAGCCAGGACGUCCUAUGGCUAUGAUGUUGUUCAAGGCUUACGGCUAUAUGGCCAUGAAUCAAGGCUUAGGAUUUGCUUCAGAUAUGAAAAUGGGCCACUACAUGAAAAUACCACCUCGUGUAACCUUUAUGGCGCAAACUAUUGCUACUGCAAUUUCUGCCUUGACGCAAGUUGGUGUGGUAAAUUGGGCUUUAGAAAAUAUUGAUCAAGUUUGUACUCGUCAUCAAAAAGACCAUUUCUCAUGCCCAAAUGCAAAAGUUUUCUUCAAUGCCAGCGUCAUUUGGGGCGCCAUUGGACCAAGACGUAUCUUCUCACCAGGUGCAAUUUAUAGCCAUUUAUUGCUAUUCUUCAUUCCAGGAUUCAUUUUACCAAUCAUUCUUUAUUUAGCAGCAAGACAUUGGCCAAAAUCAUCAAUUCGUUUCUUGAAUGCACCAAUCAUAUUCUCUGGGAUCGGAUUGAUUCCUCCGGCUACUCCGCUUAAUUAUCUCUCAUGGGGAUUGGUAGGUUUCAUCUUUAACAAAUGGAUCAGAAACCGUUGGAGAAGUUGGUGGAUGCAGUACAAUUACAUUCUCUCUGCCGGUUUGGACGUCGGUUUAGCACUAUCGAUUAUUUUUAUCUUUUGUGCUCUUCAACUUCAUGAUAUCGCUUUUCCAGCUUGGUGGGGUAACACAGCCUCUCAAAACACCAUGGAUCUUACUGGAACUGCAAUUCGCGAUACGCUUCCUGAAGGUCAAAAGUUCGGACCUGCUACUUGGUCGUGAAGGUGUGUGAGCCAGAUUGGCUUUUCUUCUCUUUUCUUUUCUUUUCGAUUACUUUUCCUCUCACGAUCGUCUUUAUUUACGCUCAAUUGUUGAUCUUCACAAAUCUUUUACCAAGAAUGUAUGUAUGAUGUGAUCGUUUGAAUCAAACUUUAAUGACGUA